AUACGUCACGUGAAUGCACACAGAGGACGGAACUUACGGUUACAUUUAAGGCAGCUAACGCAAAAGUGAGCCAUUCUGUCCGUUCUGUGGUUUAGUUACUCACAAACCCACACAGUCAGAAAGAUGUCGGCGGUUUGUGUUGCCUUGAGUCGAAAUGUUUUGGCUGUUAGGAAUUCUGGCAUAAUGGUGACGGUGCGGUAUGCUCAGACUGCUGCUGCCCCGGCUCCCGAGCCCAGGAUCAAGAAAUUCCAGAUUUACCGCUGGGACCCUGACACUGCCGGAGACAAACCACGAAUGCAGACGUAUGAAAUUGAUCUCAACACCUGUGGUCCGAUGGUUCUGGAUGCCCUCAUUAAGAUCAAGAACGAGAUUGAUCCCACACUCACAUUCAGACGCUCCUGUCGCGAGGGUAUCUGUGGCUCAUGUGCCAUGAACAUAAACGGAGGCAACACACUGGCGUGUCUUAAUAAAAUUGACAGUAACACAAGCAAAAUAACCAAAAUCUAUCCGCUCCCACACAUGUAUGUGGUCAAAGAUCUUGUGCCUGAUAUGAGCAACUUCUAUGCACAGUACAAAUCCAUCGAGCCCUACCUGAAAAAGAAGGAUGAAACUCAAGAGGGGAAGGAGCAGUAUUUCCAGUCGGUGGAGGACAGACAAAAGCUGGACGGCUUGUAUGAAUGCAUCCUCUGUGCGUGCUGCAGCACCAGUUGUCCCAGCUACUGGUGGAACGGAGACAAAUACCUGGGACCUGCUGUCCUUAUGCAGGCAUACCGGUGGAUGAUUGAUUCCCGUGAUGAGUUCACUGAGGAACGUCUAUCUAAACUUCAGGACCCAUUCUCUCUCUAUCGCUGCCACACUAUCAUGAACUGUACCAAGACUUGCCCCAAGGGACUCAACCCAGGAAAGGCCAUUGCAGAGAUCAAGAAAAUGAUGGCAACUUACAAAGAGAAGAAAGCAGCAGCCUCAUGAAGAUCUGAAAAAUCCAGCUGGUCCACAUAUAAUACCUUGAACUAAUUUAAGAGGAAGGGAAGAGCCCACUGGGAACUUGUGUGUGAGUGUGAUUAUAUCAGGGAGCAAACAUAUAAAAGUGAGAAAAGAGUGCUGGAAAGAACUGAGUGAUGCAGCAUGUUGGACCACAUCGUCUGCUAUUUGUCUGUACAGUAAAAAUGCUGGACUCUGUUGUAUUUACUCUUUGGGAAAAGCUCAUUAAAUUGUGUUCAGUCUGUAAAUAUUCAAAUAUGUGCUCAUUAAAGAUGUGCUGGGCUCAUGGAAUUUAAAUAUCAGAAUGAGAUACUUU